AUGUCCGUCUCCGUCAACCCUCGACGCAGGACCCCGGUGACUCGCCCGGAGUCCCCUGCCGCCAGUGGCCUCAGUCUUAAGACCAACUGCCUCCGCAAGGGCGCUACCUUCCACUCUCCCACCAGUCCUACUACGUCUUCCUCGGAUGAUGCCUUGACUGCUCCUCCAAGCCUUCGACGCUCCCAGACCAACCUGGACGACGUUGUCGAUGCUCACUGCCGCCGCAUGGCGCUCAUUGUCGACGACAUCGACAAGUCGCUGUCCAACAUCAACCUCGUCUCUCCCAACGCCAAGUCCUUCCGCGACGACAGCCUUCCCGUGCCUAGAGGCUUCCUCAACCUUCCCGUCGUUGACCCCGCAAUGGCAAAGGACAAGUCAAAGGAGACGGAACGCCGCAUUCUGCGUCCCAGAACCCGCCGCUCCUCGAGACAUCAUGAAUCAGACAGCGGACUCGGCACCUCUGUUGCACACACCGCCGAGACAGAGCCUGCGACCACGGCAUCAAAGAAGGCAUCGGCCAUUACCAGGUCUGCCGCCAACACUUCUUCUUCCACCAUGGAGAAGCUUCCCGCCCUGAGCUCCAGGGCUGUCAACCGCAUCCACGAGCACGUCCUCCGACCGCUCCGGGCCAAGCCUGCCCUCAAGGACUUCGAGGCGAUUGUUCUUGACGUCCCCAGGCGCAUCAGAGAAAAGGAGAUCAUCUGCCUGAGAGACCUUGAAAAGACGCUCAUCUUCAUGGCACCGCUCCUGAAUGAAACUGGAGUGCGGGCAAAUACUUAUCGAUCGUUGAUGAAGGAGAGGACCAAGACCGCCGCCUUGUACCUUGAUUUCUGCCUGACGUCGAUCCGCUGCAUUCAAGCCACUGUGGAAUACCUUAGCGACCGAGAACAGACUCGACCCAACGACCGCCCUUACACUAACGGCUAUUUUAUCGAUCUCGUGGAACAGAUUCGCCAGUACGCCGGCCAGCUUGCCGCUGCCAAGGAAACUGGAUCAGACGCUGCCGAUAUGGACGUUGACCCGUACGACACCCGUUCCCGCCUAUCACUUGACCAUGCUGACGUCUUCUGCAGAACCGACGAAAUCAAGCUUUUUGGUGGCAUCGCCGAGAACGGACGCCCUGCCGAGCUCGUCCGCGUCCGCAAGGACGGCAAGGCCAUUUCCAUGGCGACUGGCUUGGAGGUCGACCUCGACGACGCCAAGAGCCCCAUUCAGAUGAAGCGCUCCUUGAGCCAACAGCUGGAGGACGACGAGGAGAUUAUGCGCUCCAUGGCCCGCCGCAAGAAGAACGCGAGCCCCGAGGAGCUCGCCCCCAAGAAGUGCCGUGAGCCCGGCUGCCCCAAGGAGUUCAAGCGCCCUUGCGACCUAACCAAGCACGAGAAGACGCACUCUCGUCCCUGGAAGUGUCCCGUCAAGUCUUGCAAAUACCACGAGUACGGCUGGCCCACUGAGAAGGAGAUGGACCGCCACCACAACGACAAGCACUCGUCGGCCCCGCCCAUGUACGAGUGCCUGUUCUCGCCGUGCCCGUAUAAGUCGAAGCGUGAGUCGAACUGCAAACAACACAUGGAGAAGGCCCACGGCUGGCAUUACGUUCGCACCAAGACCAACGGCAAGAAGCCCUCGAGCAAUGCCGGCAGCGUUACCCAGUCCACCCCCCAGCUCAUCCACAUGCCUACUCCCUCCACCAGCAGCGCUGCCACUCCUCCUCCACCACUGGACCAGUUCAACUUCAACGACCCCAUUCUCGCCCCCAUGCAUGCCAUCGGCCCUGUGGGCGACUUGGCCUCUCACAUAGACGGCAUGGAGUUCCCCUCGUACAUCUCGGACGAGGAGUUCGACCAAGUCCUGGGCGCUUCGGGCCCAUUCGAUGGCCAGCUUGACAUGUCGAUGUCUCCUCCGGACCACAACACUCCCUCCACCGACGUGUCUUACGGCCCGUACUCGUAUCAGGAAGGCCCUGACUUCACUGUGAACGAGGACAUUUAUGGUGCCCACGCCCAGCUCCCUACUCCCGACCGAGCUGUUUUUGCCGAGAAGAUGAACAUGGCCUUCCCCAUCUACCAACCUGUUCCCACUUGCCAGCCUCAGAUCGACACCGCUCAGAUUGCUCCACACAUUUCCCCCAUUGGCCAGGGUAAUGCCAUGCUCUACACCCCAAACUCGCUGGCUGAGGUGGACGAAGGCUUCGAGGACACGUUCACUGGCGCCAAUGAGUUCUGCGGCAACGAUUUCCAGCUCUUCCCGGCCACCACUGUGACCAAGACGUACGAGCCCCUCUUUGGCGAGGUGCCUAGUGCUGGCUUGGGUUACUCCCAGACUUCGCAGGACCCGUUCCAGUCUAUCGACUGGAUGGACUAUCAAAACUUUCCGAGCCAGUAA